AGAUAGAUUAAUGGAUAUUUAAUGAUAAAUAACAUACGAUAAAUUAUUUUUUAUAUUUCUUAAUUGAUUACUGUUAUUCUUUACUAAUUAGGAAUAUAACUGAUAAAUCUACUAAUUAUGUGUAAAUAUAAAUCUCUAUAAAGUUUUUUUAACUAUAAUAUCAUACAUAAAUUAUUAUAUAGAAUCAACGAAGGAAUUAAUACGUAUAAGUUAAACAUAUAAUUAUAUAUUAUCAUUAUUUGUAAAAAGCUUAAAUAUAGAGCAUACAAUAAUAAAAAAUAAAUUUAAGCAACCUAACAAUAAAUGUAAAUGUAAAUGACGAAAUAAUUUGAAAAUUAUUCUCACUACAUUUCUCUACAAAUAAAGUUGUAAAUUUAUAAAUGUAAAAAAUCUAAAGAAAUUAAUAAUAAUUUUUAUUAAGAAAAAUCACACACAUUCACAAUAAAAUACAUCAAAUAUAUGUUAGAUAAACUUUUUAAAAGAAAUUAUGUGACACACUAGCUUUGUACUAUAAUACUGAAGGUGUUAUUUAUGACUAUAUUAUAUUUUGCUUUAUACUGCUCCCUCUUAUCCCUCAUUCUAUGCCUAUCAUAAUUACGAUUGUGCCUAGGGAAGUAAGAAAAUAAUUGUACCAUUACGAUAGGGCUCAGCCCUCGAUACAUUAUAAUUCGCUAGUUGCAUAAUUUGUGAACUUACACACAUGGCUCUGCCAGAAGCAAAACUGCAAAGCAGGAAAUGUGCAUCAGGGGGAUUACGUGCAUUACAUUAUCUAAAAUGUUUUAUGCUUACAGCUGUGCGGUAUACACGUUGAUGAUAAAUUAAAUAUAAUACGUAUCCUGCGCGAAAUGCUACUCUCCGUCGACGAAGUCAGUUCAAAUCGUGUGUAUACGCAUGUAACGAUAAUAUAAGAGGAUAGAUCUAAUAUUUGUAAUGGCAAAUACACUGACAAUAGAGAAACUUAUCGCGUUUUUGAAGGCCGAUUUGUUAUUUGCAUGUUGCUGGCCAUUACCACCAACUGCUACAAAAUGGGAAAUAAUACGUAACAAAAUAUUUCGCUGUCUUUCUGUCUUGCACGGAUUGAUCAUGGUGAUUGCGAUAAUAUAUACAAUUUAUACUAAUCGGUCAGAUUUAUUUUUGAUAAUGAAAUUAUGCUGCGAGUUAUGCACCACUGCAGAGGUUCCAUUACAAAUAAUUUGCUUCUCGAUGCAGUACGAUCGUCUCCAGUAUGUGAUUUAUGAAUUGGAGGAUUAUUGCAAGCGUGCGAAACCAAAAGAGAGGAAUGUUUUUCAUCAAUAUAUUGAUAGUUGUAAAUUAAUUUAUGUAGGUUCAAUAUGCGCCUUCACUGUUACCGGUCUACUUUUUAUUCUUAGUCCUGUCAUAGAACCGCAUCCGUUUCCCAUCGAUAUAGAAUAUCCGUUUUUCGUGGACUACCAACCUUUGAAGAUUAUCAUUUAUUUACAUCACAUACUACUUAUAUAUCAAAGUUAUACGCAGGUAUGUGCAAACAUUUUCAUUGCCCUUCUCUUGUGGUUUGUGUCAGCGAGAUGUGAUAUCUUAUCCAGCAGAUUUCGAGCAGUCACGAAAUUUGCCGAAUUACAUGCAUGUGUAGAAGAACAUCAAGAAUUACUCUGGUAUGGAAAGAAAGUAACUCUUUCUAUUCGAUAUGUGAUGUUAACAUCGCUGGCUGUUAGUACAAUAGUUAUCAUAUUUACUGGCUGCACUUUUCUUAGCCGACAACCAAUGUCGGUAAAAUCAACAUUUUUAAUCUUCUUUAUCUCAUCUCUCGCAAAAGUAUAUUUGUGCGCGUGGCCAGCUGAUCACCUGCUAAGUGCAAGCACUGAUAUUACUCACGCUGCGUAUGACUCAAUGUGGUAUAACGGGAAGGUUGAUUUUCAGAAGAAUUUUAUGCACACUUUAUUACGUGGCCAAAAACCUAUAGCUGUAAACGUACCCUGCAUGCUACCGACUGUUUCGUUAAAUUAUUAUGCCUCAUACAUCUCGACUGCUUUCUCCUAUCUAGCCACGUUUCGAGUUUUACUUGAAGAAGAUGAUGAUUGAACGAUGCUGAUACACUUAUGUAAAAUACGAAUAGUUCUUGUAUAAUAAUUGUAUCUAGUAAUUAUCAAAAAGUGGAUUUCUGAAAAAUAAGAUCUGCGUAUUAUAAUAACGUAUAAUAAAUUAUACGAGUUAUUUCUUUCCGUCUAUAUCAUAUCACUACCGACAAUGAAUUGAUUUCGCUUUACCUUAAGUCGUAUACUACGCUUGUUAUAAUAGCUUGUAGUCAAUUACCAGAAGGGACUCUGUAAUUCCGUUUCAUUGCUAAUUAUAGUAUAUCGUGUUGGAUUUAAUUAUUACUAGACAAUUACGUAUACUAUUAGACUGUAAUUACAUAAAAGCAAUGUAAUAUCUGGAAGUGCUUGUAAGUUUGUGCUGAUGUUAGGUUCGAUACGUAUGAUUAAUUAAUGACGUUUAUUUUCUUAUGUGAUGGAAAAAGCAUUUCAAGACAAAGUGUUUAAUCAAUACCGAGGAAAAUUAUUCCUCUGUAAAGACAACUUUCCAGGUAAUAAUCAAUCGUAGCAACUAAGAUCGUCAGCACUUUCGCAUAAAUGCUGUUUUACUCCAAUAUUAUACGUGAAACUUCUCCCGCAGUCUGUCGAAUAAUCUUAAAGGAAUAAUGAGCAAUUCAAGUGUUCUACAAAUAGGCUUCCGCAUUUCCGAAAGUAAAACAACUUUCGCAACUUCAAAAGAUAUCAGUGUUUCGAAUUAUGUUUAACAUGUGUGACUUAUGAAAACAUCACGUAAUUGCAUAAAAAUAUCGAAAUUAGAGAAGCUUGCGAUAUUAAAACUAGAUUUUGUCAAUACUUAAAUUAUAUUUAAUUAUAUUAUUUUUUUAAUACUUAAAUUUUAAAAGA